AUUGAGGUGAUAUCUGUUUAAAUUUAUUCCAAUAAAAAUGAUUAAAAAUUCAUUAUAUUUUUUUUUUAUCACAAUUAUUAUUUUUUUUAAUCUACACGAUAGUCAUCAGUGUUCGUCUCGCCAGGGAAUACCGGAAGAAACCGAAGAUAGUGUGAUAAUUGAGCGGUCGCCAUUUUUAAAAUAUUUGCGUGAUUACACCAAAAUAAUAAGUCAUGAGCAAGCAUUUAACAAACGAUGGUUCCAUUAUUUGAAAUGUAACGGCACUUAUGACAAAGAUGUCGGCGACGUACUGAGAGGAUUAUGUAGUUACUGUUCUACAUUUAAAUCAGAUAAUUUACGUCAUCAGUGGGACUGCAUGAAUCAAUGUUACACGGGUUUACAUUUUGGAGAAUGUCUGCAUGAUUACAGAGAAAGAAGUGAUGGUCAAGUUAAAUUUGUUAGUAGUUUUGUGGAGAAACUCAGUGGAUCUACGCCUCAAUUCAUGAGUCUUGCUACAAUAUUAUAGAAAAAUUUAUAGUUUACUAAAUAAAUAUUUAUUAGAGCCAAAAAAUGGGUAUAUGAUUGCAUUUGACAUCUAUAUGACAUUAUAUGACGAUAUAUGACAGUAUAAGAUAAUAUAUGACAUUAUAUGACGAUAUAUGACAGUAUAAGAUAAUAUAUGACAUUAUAUGACGAUAUAUGACAGUAUAUUAUAAUAUAUGACAUUAUAUGACGAUGUAAGAUAACAUGUGACAUUACAUGACGAUAUAUGACGGUAUAAGAUAAUAUAUGACGAUAUAUGACAGUAUAAGAUAAUAUAUGACAUUAUAUGACGAUAUAUGACAGUAUAAGAUAAUAUAUGACAUUAUAUGACGAUAUAUGACAGUAUAAGAUAAUUUAAGC